UUUUCCUAUCAAUAAAUUUUGUGCCACACCUUACUCUUUUUGUUUAUUUAGGACAAACUGUAUUCAGCUCUAUGGAAACUUACGAUUCUUGUUAAGGAAGCUGGAGACGUUGUCCUGGCUUACCAUAUAGUUGGGUAAGAUUAUGAAAAAUCCUAGCAUUUCUAGCUCAGUAAAAGAGAAGGAUGGAGUUGUGAAGAUGGAGGAGGAAGAGGGUGUAAAGAGGAGUGGAAGUGAAAAGCCACCAGAGGAUGGCUGUUGUCCCAUUUGCUUUGGGAAUUUCUCUUCAUUGCAAAACCAACUGUGCUCACUGGUUUUGUGGGGCAUGUCAUAUAGAGCAAAACAUGACUACUUGAGUUAUAUUUGCAAGAAAUCUGGACAAGCCCGGAAUGCUAUUUCACAUUGUGUUAUCAAUCCUUCUUCUCUGAUAUUCACAUAUGGUGCCCUGAUCAAUGGAUGAUUCCAGGGGACUAUCCACUGUGGUAAUAUAAAUUUCAAAAGUGCAAGAAUGCCGACUUGCAAGUGCUUUUCAGAAAGCGACCUACAAAUUGAAUUUCAUAUAUGCGAUUUAAGCUAAUCUCAUCUUCCAGACUGUCUGUUGCCUCAGUCAACUUUGAACACGUGUAAAUCGCAUUUCAUAUAUGUAUUUUGCAUAUUUUUGGAAUUCCCAAAAAAUUACAUACUAAUGAAAAUUUUCAACCAAAAUUCCAAAAAUGAUGUCCCUCCCCAAAAAAUUAACGCUAUCUUAUUAUGAUUCCUCUUCAUUAUUUUGACUAGUUCAAGGAAUCGCCUGAAAAGAGAGAGAACAACUAUUCCAACUCGUUAUCCCCUCUUUCUCCGUUUCACAUUGUCAAUUAGAGUGAGAAUAUUUGUUCUCCAAGAUCUUCUCUUAAAGAAGUGUUGCAAUCCCCUUGUUUCAUGCUCAAUGAAUACUUCGUAAUUUCAAACUACUUUUAACUUUUCUCUCUUUCCAUUCUAUUUCUUUGUGA